AUGGGGUCCUAUCGCACAACGACAUGCCAGUCAAACACAUCGUUUUCAAGCUCGUCACGUAACGACAUGGACAUCGAUACAGACUCACACGAGGAUUUAAACAACAGCUACGACAAUGGAGACUGUGAGUGCAUGGAGACGGCUCUACAGAUCCUUGAGGAUGUCGUUAUACCCUCCGUAGGUGCCGACUGGGCUAUGGUAGAGAACACGAUCUUUGUUCUCAGAAACAAUAUCUCUCGGUGUCUCAUACUGUCUCAAUGUCACGGAUGCGAACAAGAGUCGGGCAUCUGUAUGCUAACACUGGUGAUAUAUGAGAAGCUCCUGACUGGAUUCGAGAACGUCGCGCAAUGGUGGAGCAAACAGGGCCAUCUCCAGCGAGCUCGGAGCGAUAGACGUAGUUACAGAGAAAGAGAAGCUCAUCAGCUGCCCCAGCAGCAGCAUCAAGGACAAAAACAGCCGAAACAACAGGACAAAUUCUCUAGAUUGAGGUAUCUCCAUCAAAAGUCCCGGAUUACGAUGGGCAGGUAUCAGAUCGAUACUGCUGAAGAGCACCGGGCUGUGUUAGCGACUAUCAUUGCCUGCCAACUGCAACGACUUGCUGAACUAUUAUUCUUCAUGAUACAACAUAGCAAGAAGGUAAACUGGCUGGCGCAUAUGCAAUAUGGAGAAGGGUUGCAGAUGAGAAUAGAAUCAUUAGACAAGGCAUGGAAAUUAAGAUAA